AUGGAUUUAUUUGGCAUUGAUGAUUUUUUGCCUUAUUCGAAUACAUUACUGUCACAGAAAGCAAAAGAAUUAUCACAACAAUCAUUUCAUCAUCAUGAUGAUCAUGAUAAUCACCAUUAUCAUCAUCAUUGUCAUUGUCUUCAACGACAACAAUAUAAGCAACAACAACGACAACAACAGCAAUAUCAUCGACAUGAUAUUCGUCAAUCAAAACCUCAACCAUCUUACAUUGGCCUUAUUGCAAUGGCAAUUUUAAGUUCCACGGAGCAAAAAAUGGUACUUUCUGAGGUUUAUCAAUGGAUUAUUGAUAAUUAUCCAUAUUUUCGGACACGUGGUGUUGGAUGGCGAAAUU